GUGUUCAUUGGUUCAUUCAGAUCCUCUGCUCUGCAGUGAAGAUGGCGGAGAGAGGAGACGGCUAUCUGAAACACAUAAACGGAAAAAUCAUUUGAUUGCAUACGGUCUUCAGUAGAACAUUUGUGUAGUAGCACUGGCAGAAGAUCUGGCUUCCCAGGAUGGAGCGUGCUUAGAUGUGGGCAACGUUUAAGCUGAAUGCAUUGUGAUUUCCAAUAAUUGAGACAGUGAUUUCUAAAAAGCUGUCUACAUUAAUGAAAAGAACAAUGUAGUCAGCUUAGCAUAUUCAACCAUGAACCUGAAUAUUGUUGAAUAGGUGUCUAGAGUUGUGUAAUAGACUCGUGCAUGUAUUAGGGGCUGCAUUUUUUUAGCUAUUAGGCAGAUCCCUUCCCACUUUAAUUUUCGUAUAGGUUUUAAUAGUUUUAUUUAAAAAGAACUUAAAUAUGGAUGUGAAUGAGAUUUUACCUCCCCUCCCUUUGGAGCCACCAGACGCAGUAUUGGCUGGGAAUGAUUAUAGUAAAGCACCUCCACCACCUCCCCUGCAAACGUCCAGUGACGCAGAGGAAAUGGACGUUAGCUCUGGUGGUGAUGGACACCAACACACCCCAGCAGUGGACAGGGAUGAACGGCUCGUCUUUAACAAGCGCACAUUGUCUGUUAGCAGUCACCCAUCAGGUAGCCCUGACGCCAUGGCCACGUGCCCUAGAACCGCUCGCCAUGCUCCCCCAGUUACCAAGUACUUACCUGAUCUCAAACUCCUGAAAGAUGUAAAGAUCAGUGUCAGAUUCUCAGACAGCAGUAAGAGUAAGGACAGGAAGGUGUUGUACACUGGUUUGGGGCAGGAUAGCGAUGAAGAGCAGAGCCUAGAAGGACCGAAUGGUGAAUUGCAUGAUUCUUUAGAGAAGAGAAGUCUGCCGGGCAGCUCGACCAUGAUCCCUGGUUCCUCAUGGUUAGUUAGAAACAGUAAAGAGCUGGAGACAGAGCAGGAAAACAAAGUUGAGUUUGCCGUGUUGGACGACCUGGAAGAUUUCAGCGAGAACUUUUUGGAAGCGGAAGAUGGGGAGCCGAGUGGUUUCAUGUCUCAGAUGAUAGUUCAACAGGAGAAAGCACAUGUGGAGGAUCUGAAUUACUCUUUUGAGGAGGACUUUGACAAUGAUGUAGAUGCCCUGUUGGAGGAAGGCAUGCCCAUGCCCAAGAAGAGGCGUCUGGCUGGAGACGGUGAUCCCCAUUCAGACGGGGAGGCCGGAGUUCAGCCAAUGAUGACCAAAAUUAAGACUGUUCUUAAGAGUCGUGGGCGUCAACCAACUGAGCCGUUACCCGAUGGGUGGAUCAUGACAUUCCAUAACUCUGGCAUUCCAGUCUACCUACACCGGGAAACCAGAGUUGUCACCUGGUCUAGACCUUACUUCCUUGGAACAGGAAGUAUCAGGAAACAUGACCCACCAACCAGUAGCAUUCCCUGUUUGCACUAUAAGAAAAUGAAGGAUCUAGAAGAAAAGGAACAGAAUGGAGAGGUGACUCCGACUGCAGCGGUGUCUCCAGUGAAAUCUGGUGAGGAGGGCAUCCCAUUGGAGAGAGUCGAUGAACCGGACUCUACUGCCACUGAAGAACCGACCGGCAAACCGACAUCAGAAGAUCCAGAUCUUGACCUCAUGGAGCCAGGAGGAUCUUCAGAGGUGAAGGAGACCCAAGCCAAUGAUACUGCACAGGGAGCGCUGGGCCAGGUCAAAGCCAAGGUUGAGGUGUGCAAGGAUGAGUCCAUUGACAUUGAGGAGUUUAGAAGCUACCUAGAGAAGUGCUUUGAUUUUGAGCAAGUGACGGUUAAGAAAUUUCGCACAUGGGCUGAACGCAGACAGUUCAACAGGGACACGAAGAGGAAGCAGGCCGAGUCUGAGAGACCCAUCCUACCAGCCAAUCAAAAGCUCAUCACACUGUCUGUACAAGACAACCCCACAAAGAAAGAGUUUGUCAUCAACCCCAAUGGGAAGUCAGAGGUGUGCAUUUUGCACGAGUAUAUGCAAAGAGUACUCAAAGUGCGACCAGUUUACAACUUUUUUGAAUGUGAAAACCCAAGUGAACCCUUCGGAGCCUCAGUCAUUAUAGAUGGUGUUACAUAUGGCACAGGAACAGCAAGUAGUAAAAAACUCGCCAAGAAUAAAGCUGCUCGAGCAACACUGGAGAUCCUUAUUCCUGACUUUGUGAAGCAGACGUCUGAGGAGAAGCCUAUAGAGGGAGAUGAACUGGAGUAUUUUAAUCAUAUCAGUAUUGAAGAUUCAAGGGUGUAUGAGCUGGCCAACAAAGCAGGUUUACUUUCACCAUAUCAGAUCCUUCAUGAGUGCCUUAAGAGAAACCAUGGCAUGGGUGACACCAGCAUCAAGUUUGAGGUGAUUCCAGGAAAGAAUCAAAAGAGUGAAUAUGUCAUGACAUGUGGGAAGCACACUGUACGCGGCUGGUGUAAAAAUAAGAGGGUUGGAAAGCAGCUGGCAUCACAGAAGAUUCUUCAGAUGCUUCAUCCUCAUGUGAAGAACUGGGGCUCACUGCUGCGCAUGUACGGCAGAGAAAGCAACAAGAUGGUUAAGAAGGAGAACUCUGAUAAGAGCGUGAUUGAGCUUCAGCAGUAUGCCAAAAAGAACAAGCCAAAUCUUCACAUCCUCAACAAACUAAGAGAAGAGAUGAUGAAGCUGGCUCGAGAAAGGGAGGAGGCAAGAAAGAAGCCGAAGAUGACUAUAAUGGAGUCCGCUCAACCUGGCAGUGAACCUCUGUGUACUGUUGAUGUCUAGCAAACCUUCGUCCAGCAUUUUGUGAUAGCAGAUAACACUGACCAAUGGUGAUGGCUCUAUUACAAAAGGUCAUUGUACCAUUACUGAAUUAUGCAUUACUUUACAGUGCAAAAUGGCAAUACUAGUUACAUUUUUAUCAGAUUAAUGAGCUCUGUUCCCAAUCUAGUUAUUGCCCAUAAUGUGUGGGUUCGGCAACAGUCAUAUAAAUGCACUAAGGCAGUGGUGCCCAAUCCUGGUCAUGGAGAACCCCAACACUGCACAUUUUAGAUGUCUCCCUAUUCAAACACGACUGAUUCAGCUCAUUAGCGAAGACUCCAAGACCUCAAAUGUAUGUGUCAGAUAAGAGAGACACCAAAAACGUGCAGUGUUGGGGGGAAAGUAGAAUGAGCAUUAAAUACCUCCAGAUGCACUUCUGCACCUGAAUGUGCACAAUAUAAUGAAGGCUUUUCACAAUAAUAUGUCUGCAUCAAAAACAAUCAUACAAAUGAUGUACGUGAAGUAUUACAGAUGCGUUUAAGUUUGUGGCUUUUAGAUGUUAAUAAAAUGUUGCUGUUCCCCUUUCUUAAAUGGCAGAUUCAUUUCAUAUUUAUUGUGGAUCCACAGAUUUCACAGACAUUAUCUCGGUACUCAUAACUGAUGCGUUUGAACAGAUACGCCAGGGAUUUGUUCCUUUAUGUCUGCUUCUGUGGCAUGCAGAGUUGUUCAUUCAGUGCACGUAAUCUUUUAUCUGAGAAAAAAAAGUUUUAUAAUGGCUUAAAGAGUGUUGAAUUUCUUCAGUGGCCAUGUCUAGUUCUUAUUGGCAUGUGAAGCAUUUAAAUGUUGUAUUUCUAAAGCAUUUCAUGUGUACACCUCCAACUGCUGUUAAGAAAUGCACGCACUUUGGAACUAUUGUGGAAUGAACAACCUUUGUGUUUUUGUUCUAAUUAAAGGAGUGAUUUGUACCAA